AUGGCUACUUUCCCUAUAGCUCUCGAUAUCCAGGAAGGACUCUCGUCCGUACUCAUCAACCAGAUAACAGACGAGGAAGAGUUGGAAACACCCAAGGUCCAUCUAGGCCGUACAUUGAUCCUCUGCUUCGAUGGGACGGCGAAUGAGUAUGAUGAUACGAACACUAACAUCGUUCGUCUCUUCUCGUGCCUCGAGAAAUCCCACCCGAAACAGUUAGUGUACUAUCAGACUGGCAUUGGGACAUACACUUCGACUCGAUUCAGCACAUCUAUUGGCCAGUGGAUAUCUAAAACCAUCGAUCAAGGCGUCGCGUUGCACCUUGAUGACCAUGUCUGUGGAGGAUAUCGAUUUCUUCAGUCGAAUUGGAAUCAGGGUGACAAAAUUUGCAUUUUUGGCUUUUCCAGAGGUGCAUAUACUGCUAGAGCUCUAGCUGGGAUGCUACAUGCGGUCGGGCUUUUGCCACCCUCGAUGCCCGAGCAAGUCCAAUUUGCCUACAAGCUUUACCAGAACUUGGGUAGAGGUAGUGUUGUCAGUAGCGAUCCCGGCCGGAACUACAAACGUGACUUCUGUCGUGCCGUCACUGUUGACUUCCUCGGAGUUUGGGAUACUGUUGCAUCUGUUGGCAUUCUUGUGCCGCGCGCGUUGCCCUUCUCCCAAAGCAAUAGUUCCAUCAAAGUUUUUAGGCAUGCACUGGCUCUGGAUGAGAGACGAGCCAAGUUUAUUCCUUCGCCGUGGAGGCUUACGGGAGCAAAAAAACAAUGCAAAAAUGGAAACUGGGUCACGAAACAAGCUGCAGAAGAUGCCAUUGCGCCAGACACUGAGGGUAUUCAGGCCACGAUCGACUGGGUAUUGGCGUUGAGAGAUAUUUUUGUCGGCAUUUUCUUCAAAUGGUUCAUCGAGUGGUGGCCACAUGAUAUAUUGAACCGUCUCGGAUUAAUCAACUAUGGCGAUCAUGAACCACCCACGACCCUGAUUCCAGAAGAACAGUUUCCGCCUGACUUGAGGGAGGUUUGGUUUGCAGGUGGACACUGCGAUGUCGGCGGCGGAAACGUACCGGACGACAAACCCUGGAAUGAGAUCGACAAGCUGGGCCCGAACGAACCAAGGUACUCGCCUUCACUUGCCAACAUCCCUCUUCGAUGGAUGAUCCGCGAGUUCUAUGAGGCGGAUUUGAAAUAUAACCUCAAUAUUCGCUGGCGAUCUGUCCGCCUGGCCCGCUAUGGUAUCUACUUACCUCCCAUCAUAUACACAAACGACGAUGGUAGUGACUUCAAUAUCACCCUUGACGAUGACCUCGAGAACAGGUAUUUGAGGCGCGCACAGAAUCCAGCCGAUCGCCGGUCCUCUACUCUUCCCACAUCGGGGAGACCUCCUUCCCCUCUUGUUGGUGGGAAUACAGACCCCAGCAGGAUAGCGCCAAGCGAUGUACUAGUCAAACCAACGGACGCUGAUAAAAAAGUGCUGGGUAGGCAUCCUCGACGGGCUAACUUUCUUCGAUCCAAGGAGUUUAAGUCUGGUGUCAAAUAUGACUUGGAUUUCUUCGAGAGGGACUUGAAAGCUGAAUCAUACGACGAGUUGUGGAGGUGGGAUCGCAUUACUUUUAGCGCGAUCGUAACAAUGUUGUGGUGGUGGGUGCUUGAGUUGGCGCCCCUUAUGAGGCAUGUGCAGAACAAGCACACGUUCUUGUGGGAGUCCAAGCUUCGAUGCAACUUAUUCAAUCCUCGCGACAUUCAUCGAGGCGCAGUACCCCAACACACAGAUGCUUUGUCGAAACGCUGGGUGGAGUUUUUGACUAAUCGCUCAAAGCCCAGUUACCAUUGGUCCGUGCGUGAGCGUAUGAAGCACAAACGUGGCUACCGCCCUAGACAUUGGGGCGAUAACGAAAAGAUUCACGAAACUUGGAUCGAAGUUUAUUAG